CGGGGUGGUGGUGGUGGGGCUGUGAGCCCUGGCCGCCGGGUUGGGGGCGGCAGCUGGACCAGGGAGGGCCGGUGGAUGCUGGCGUGUUGGAGGAGCCCGGGAACGAGGUCUCCCCACGCACACAGCGGGGUUCCUGAGUAUGAGAUGGAAUAUGGCUAGCAUGUAUGAAGACAACAGCUUAGCAGAUGUGAUGGUGGUGCUUGAAUGCAGCUGGACUUGCUGAGGGAGGCGAAAGGGUGGCAGGUGGCAGGAGCUGGAGUCUCUCAAGGGUUCUGGUGCCUGGCCUCUGUAAGAAGCCAUGAUCACCUUGAUAACUGAACAGCUACAGAAACAAAGCCUGGAGGAAUUGAAAUGCACAUCCUUCAGCAUCAGCCUGCCUUUGCCUGAUCAUGCUGAUGUGGCCAGCUGUGGCAGCCCCUUCCAGAUAGCGCCUGAGGGAACUUCAUGGAGGGACCUAGCUCCCUGUCCAAAGAUCCAUCUUCAGGACAGCACAGGUCUUUACCAACACUCCAGCUUGAGCCUUCCCCUGCCCCCCUGCAGCUCAGACAACCGUCCUCAGAACAGCCUCACAUCCCAAACACUGGCCACCAACUCAGUAGUCUCAGAAAAGGCUUCUGUGCCCCCCACCAAAAGACACUGCCGUUCACUAUCAGUGCCUGAAGACCUCUCCCGUUGGCAGGCUGUCUGGAGGCCCCUGGGCUCCAAAGUCUGGACACACAUCAAACGCCGGGACAACAGUGGAGGGGACACUUUGGCAGUACAAGCCCAGAACCUGGCCCAGGGAGCCAACAGACCUUGCUUCAACCCUGCCCCCAGUGCCUCUCACCAGUGUGUUCAAGAUGGUGCUGGUGGUAGCGGUGGCGGUGGCAGGAGCCCCCCUUUCUUCAGCCUGGCCCUAUCCCGAGAAUCGCCAGCAAGCACAUCAUGGGAGACUGGAGAGACUUUGCAGCCCUACCCUCUGCAGCGACGUUUCUCCCUGUCACCUGUCAGAUUCCUUCCCUCCCCGCGAAGCUCCACCACCUCCACUCCAGAGUUGCUUCGACACCAGCACAGCCUCCCUCGCAGCCGCUCACAGCCAUGUGACUUGGACACCAGGAAAUCUGGUCUCAAGCGGCGCCAUGAUGAGGAUGUGAGGUGGCAUAGGCCCUCGCUUGAUUUCUACAAGAUGAACCAGAAACCAUUUGCAGGAGGCGUCUGUCAGCUGGACAAAUCUGAAGAAGGUGGCUAUUCAUCAUGGCUCUUGGGCUGCAGCCCACAAGCACCUUCAGCUCCAUGUAGUCCCCUCAGCAACUGUGGCCAGGUUCUUAGUGAAAGUGAGGAAGAGGAGGAGGAAGAGGAAGCAGCAGUGCAAGCGGCACGGAGACUAAAUUGGAAUUUAGCAAGCAAAAGGACACUCUUCCAACCAGACUUUAGCGAUCUGGAUCUAACUUUGAUUGAGGAGAACUAGGGGUUGGAUGUCUCCACAAGAAACUGACUCUGGGAUCAGCCACAAAGGGAGGCUGCACUCCUUGAUGAGGGAAGUGGGGUGGGUGCAGAGGGGAAAGUGGCAUUGGGACUGGUGGGGUUUUGUCUGCUUGUUUCUUUUUAUUAAAAAAAAGGGAAAA